UUUCAUUCCAUUCCCUUCUGGCCUGAUGAGUUUCUGGUGAGAAAUCAGUUGCUAGUCUGAUGGGGGUUCCUUUGUAGGUAACUUUCUGUCUCUCUCUGGCCAAUUUUAAGAUUCUUUGUCAUUGGUGUUGGCUAAUUUAAUUAUAAUGUGCCUUAGCAUUGGUCUUUUGGGGUUCAUUUUACUUGGGACUCUGUGAGCUUCUUGGAUUUGUGUGGGUUUUUUCCUCCCUAUAUCAGGGAAGUUUUCUGUCAUUAUUUCUUCAAACAGGUUUUCUAUUCCUUCCUCAGUUUCCUCUCCUUCUGGAAGCCCUAUUAUUCGGAUGUUUUUUUUGUGUGUGUUGUCCCAGAGUUCCCUGAGGCUCUCCUCCUGCUUUUUAAUUUUUUUUUCUAGAAGCUGCUCUACUUGGAUAUUUUUUCCAAGUAGAAAAAAUAUCUACUUGUAGCUCACUGAUGCGGUCCUCUGCUUCUUCUAGUCCACUCUUGAUGCUUUCUAUUGAGUUCUUUACAGCAGCGAUGUCAUUUUUCAUUUCUUCUUUGUUCUUCAUUUCCUCUUGGUUUUUGCUCAUAUUGUCGAAUUUGUCUUCCAUUCUUUUCAGCCACCUUAUGAUCAUUUCUCUGAAUUAUUCCUCUGACAAGUUGCUUGCCUCCAUUUCGUUUACUUCCUUUUCUGGUGAUGCUUGCUUUUCUUUCAUAUGCGGGCUGUUUCUUUGUCUCCCAUGGUCUCUCUUCUCCGGAUGUCUGGUUAUGUUGUUCUCUCUCUCCAGCAUUGAUUUAAAGGCACAAAAUACAACACAACCAGGUACAAUACACAAGGCACUGAACAGAAAUGUAUUCACGAUAUUAAUAAAUCCAAAUAAAGGUGACCACCAGAGAAAGGCAAAUUAGAGGAUAGGAGAGAACAAAGAAGAGGAGGAAAAAAGGAGUGCCAAAAUGAAAUUGGGAAAAUGAAAAAAAAAAGUAAGAGAGCAAAGAAAGAGAAUUAGAGAGAAAAGGGGAUCAAACUAUAUAUAUGGGGAGAAAACUCCAAUAGAACAGCCACUAAUACCAGCAAAUGCCAGCAACCUGGAGAUUAAUACAAACUACAAACAACAACUAAUAUCAAGCGAGGCGACGGAAAACAGAAGCAAAAAACAAACAAAAACAAAGGAAACAAAAAAAAAACAAAAUGAAAAAAAGAAUAUGCAAAACAAUCUCACAAAAAAGCAUAAAAAAUUGAUAUAAUCAACAUUCAAGCAAACAACAACAAAAGGACAGAGAGAAAAACAAUUUUUUGGAUAGCUAAGACAGAGAAGAGAGAGAUGUGUAUGGACGUGGAGCAAGGGAUUGGAAAUUAGAUAUAUAAGUAGGGUGAAAUUUUAACGGGUUAAAAAAAAGAAUACGGAAAAUCUAAAGAAGGAAAAGGGUAAGAGAAACAGGACAAAAAAAGGGAAAAGUUAGGAAGAGAGUAAUGGCACAAAGGUAAAGUUGAGAUAGAGUAAAAUGAUGCUAAAGGAAAGAUGAAAAUAGAAUGUAGAACACUAAUCCCAAAGUAAAAUAAAGAGAAAAUAAAAUGACACUUUUUUUUAAAAAAAGGUAAAAUAGUAGUAGUAAUAAUACUGAUUGAACAUAAAAAUGUAAUAAUUAAAAAUGUAAAAUCAAGUGAGGAAAAAAGAAAAAAAUGGUUUUUUAAGUAAAAGAUGAAAAAAUAAAAAAAUUAAAAAAAAUUAAAAAUAAAAUGUGCAGUAGUGAAGGUCAAUCACUUCCUCUAUUGUUCUGUUUGGCAUGCCUGUUUCCCAGUCAGGACAGUAUUGCAGUUCCUUGCAUUCCACUGUUCCUCUGUGUUGUAAGCCAGUCCUGAUUUUUAAGCAGGCAGUGUCUUAAUUUCUCGUAUUCCUUUAUUUGUGAUUACACAAGAGUCAAUUUGUGAUUCAGCCCCUGGGUAGCAGUGUUUCUGGAUUGACCUCUGGGUCUAUAGGUCCUCUCUAGCCAGUGCUUAGAUCCUGCUUUCCCUGUGGCACUCAAUACCGGUUUGUGGGAGUGGACUGCCUCAGAGCUGGCUCUGACGGUCACUCCCCGCUCUGAUCCCCAGGUUCCAGAAAAACAACUUUCCCCUGCAGUCUCCCAGGGUGUCCCCAACUGGAUGAUCCUAUGUAUUGGGCUUAGUAAUCAGAAGCAAGGAUUUGAAGAGGAAAAAGCCCAAGUGUGCGAACAACGGGGCUGCAGACCUUUUAAAAUCAUGGACAAACAAAAUUCACAAAUGAAUGCUCCUCACCCAGGAACAAAUUUCCCAGCUGGGUAUCAUCCUCAAUAUCCUCCAGCAGCAUUCCAAGGACCUCCAGGACAUACUGGCUACCCAGGCUUGCAAGCUGCCUAUCCUGGGAUGCUGGCAAGCUAUCCUGUACCCCAGGCUGACUAUUCAGUCCCACCACCUGGAUAUUCAGGUGCUGGUCCAGUGGGCUCUCCUGUCCAACACCAGCCAGUGUAUAAUCAGCCAGGGGGACCAGCAGGGCUACCGUGGAUGCCAGCACCACCACCUCCAUCAGACUGUCCACCAGGGUUGGAAUAUUUAACUCAGAUAGAUCAGAUACUGAUUCAUCAGCAAGUUGAGCUUCUAGAAGUCUUAAUAGGUUUUGAAACAAAUAACAGAUACGAAAUUAAGAACAUCCUUGGACAGAGGAUUUACUUUGCUGUGGAAGAUACUGAUUGCUGUACCCGAAAUUGCUGUGGGACUAAUAGGCCUUUUACCAUGAGGAUUCUUGAUCUUAUGGGCCGAGAGGUCAUAACUCUGCAGAGACCACUCAGAUGUGCCAGCUGUUGUUGCCCCUGCUGCCUUCAGGAGAUAGAAGUUUAUGCUCCUCCUGGUGUACCAGUGGGUUAUGUUAUUCAGAAUUGGCACCCAUGCCUGCCUAAGUUAACCAUUCAAAAUGAGAGGAGAGAGGAUGUACUCAAAAUUAUUGGUCCAUGUCUUGUGUGCGGCUGUUGUGCAGAUGUUGAUUUUGAGAUUAAAUCUCUUGAUGAAGAAAAUUUGAUUGGCAAGAUUUCCAAGCAAUGGACUGGUUUUGUGAGAGAGGCAUUUACAGACGCUGAUAACUUUGGGAUCCAAUUCCCUUUAGACCUUGAUGUGAAAAUGAAAGCUGUGAUGCUUGGUGCAUGUUUCCUCAUUGACUUCAUGUUUUUUGAAAGCACUGGAGGCCAAGAACAGAGAGCAGGAGUAUGGUAGUGGAUUAAUAAAGAUCUCCGAAAAUGUGAAGUUUGUAUAUUGAUUAGGACUAUGUACAAGUGAAAAAUUAUUUUUCUUUAUUGAAAUUACUUAUAAAAUAUGUGAAUUAUACUGUGAUGCCUUAAGCUCCAGGUAUAUGAUUUCCAAUUUCAAAUCAUAGAGUUUAUUUUCUGUAUCACUUAUAAAUUUGCUUAUACAUUUGCUUUCAUUUUAUACAUUUUGUAUUUCAUUGUAUAUUUUAGAGAAAUAACAUAGGGAUUUUUACAUUUAAUCAUUGAUAAAUUUGCUUUAUUUUCAAUUUUAUAGCAAAAUUAAAAUGAUUUAACAUAAAAUUAUAUAUUUUAUUAAAUUUAGUUACAAUUACAUAUGUAACAACUAAUGUUAUUUUGCAAAUAUUGUAUAUUCAAAAAAGUUAAAAAUGAACAUAACUUCAAUUUCCUUUACAAUUAUGUUCAAGCUAGAGGCCCAGUGCAUGAAUUCAUACAUGGUGGGGUCCCUUGGCCUGGCUGGUGAUCGAGGCCUAUCAGGGGGCCAGCCGGCUA